GAUCUUCAAAGAUUAUAUUUCAUAAAUAAGAUAAGAUAAGAUAAUACCCGAAAUUAUUAUAUUUAUAAUUUGUAAAUAAAAGAUUUAAACCAAAAAAUAAGAGAGUUUGUGCUGUUAUCUGCGUCAUAUAAAUACAACACAAGCCCUUGAGUCAGUGUAUACACUAUACAGGCAUAGUCCUUGAACUCCAAACACUUUUGGUUUUCUGAUUAAUCAAAUAGUUGAAGCAAUACAUUAUUAUUAUUGUUAGUGAUGGGUUCGCCGUUGAAGAAGAUCAUGCUAUGCAGUUCGGAAAAGGAGAUUUUCAGUGUGGAAGAACAAGUGAUGGUGCAACAUUCGGUGAUCAUAAACAACAUGAUGGAAGAUGGAUCGUACAACCAUGAAGAGAGCAAGAUUCCAUUGGAUUGCGUUGACUCCAAGACUCUCAAGAAGGUCAUCGAUUAUUGUACACAUCACACUCACCACCACAACGACAACCAAGAAGAUCUUGAGGCUUGGGAUGCUCAAUUUCUCAAUGUUGAUUCUAACGGCCUUUAUGAUUUGUUGAUGGCAGCAAAUUACCUUGAGAUCAGAAAUCUCUUGGAUCUGAUAUACGGAACUAUAAAAAAUAUGAUAAAGGGAAAGAAAAUAGAUGAGAUACGCAGAAUCCUCAACAUCAAAGAUCAUGGCUUCACUCCUGAAGAGGAAGAACAAAAUCGCAAGGAGUACCCACAUUUUUAUUAGAACAAAUCUUGUCUACUCUUUAAUUUUAUUUGUUUUAAAAUUUUUUCUAUAUGAUGAUCAACACCUGGUAUUCAACAUGGGGAUGUUAGAGAGUGUUUUGGCUCUUUUAAUAUUGUACAAUUUUCUUUUCAAUUGUAUAUUUAGUUAAACCUCUUUUAUUGUCAUCAUUUUAUUAGUACUUAAUUUAGUUUUAUUUUUCUU